GCAAGUGUUUCCUUUGGGCUUGCUUGCUGCCAGGUUUAGUGACAACAUUCAACCUAUAUGGACAUUACGAUGCCAUCCCCGAUGGAGGGAUCUUCCAGAGAAGGUGACCUGUUUACUGUGAAACAUGAGCUGAAAAAUGCCAACCUGACGGGUCAUGUAGAGAGGGUGGGCAUUGAAAACUUUGAGCUGUUGAAGGUGCUUGGCACAGGAGCAUAUGGCAAAGUGUUCCUGGUGAGGAAAGUGAGUGGCCACGAUGCUGGAAAGCUUUACGCCAUGAAGGUUUUGAAGAAGGCCACUAUUGUACAGAAGGCAAAGACUGCUGAACACACACGGACGGAGCGGCAAGUGCUGGAGCACAUCCGCCAGUCGCCGUUUCUUGUCACACUUCACUAUGCCUUCCAGACGGAUACCAAGCUGCACCUCAUUCUCGAUUAUGUAAAUGGUGGGGAGCUUUUCACACACUUGGUGCAAAGGGUGCGGUUUAAAGAGCAAGAAGUCGCCCUGUACAGUGGAGAGAUUGUGUUGGCGCUAGAGCAUCUACACAAGCUUGGGAUUGUCUAUCGGGACCUGAAACUUGAGAAUAUCCUACUGGAUUCAAGUGGUCAUAUAGUUCUCACAGACUUUGGCCUAAGUAAAGAAUUUGAUCAGGUUGAAAGGGCUUUUUCCGUCUGCGGCACCAUUGAAUAUAUGGCUCCAGAAAUAGUGGAAGGAGGCGAGUCAGGACAUGACAAGGCGGUGGACUGGUGGAGCCUCGGUGUGUUGAUGUACGAGCUUUUGACCGGUGGAUCCCCCUUCACUGUAGAUGGAGACGAGAACUCGCACACAGACAUUGCCAAGAGGAUUUCCAAAAAGGAUCCUCCUUUCCCCAAAGACAUGGAGCCACUGGCCAAAGACCUAAUCCAGCGUCUCCUCGUCAAAGAUCCAAAGAAGAGAUUAGGCUCCGGUCCUAAUGGAGCAGAGAAUGUAAAGAAGCACCCAUUUUACCAGAAAAUUAACUGGGAGGACUUGGCAGCUAAGAAGGUGCCUGCGCCAUUCAAGCCAGUGAUUCGUGAUGAGCUGGACGUCAGCAACUUUGCAGACGAGUUCACAGAGAUGGACCCCACCUACUCCCCUGCAGCUCUUCCUCAGAACUGUGACCGCAUCUUCCAGGGAUAUUCUUUCAUGGCCCCCUCCAUUCUGUUCAAGAGGAAUGUGGUGAUGGACGACCCUGUCCAGCUGUGUGGGGGCUCUGAGAGGCCAGGCUCGGCUGCGGUGGCCCGGAGCGCCAUGAUGAAGGACUCACCUUUCUAUAUGAGUUAUGAGAUGGACCUGAAGGAUAGUGCUCUGGGAGAGGGCAGCUUCUCCAUCUGUAGACGGUGCACACACAAGAAGACUGGGCAGAAAUACGCAGUCAAGAUUGUCAGCAAGAGGAUGGAGGCACAGACUCAGCGGGAAAUAGCAGCCCUGAAGCUCUGCGAUGGCCACCCUAACAUUGUCAAGUUACAUGAAAUCUACCACGAUCAGCUCCACACAUACCUGGUUCUGGAGCUGCUUGGCGGAGGCGAGUUGCUGGAGAGAAUCCGCAGGAAGCAACAUUUCAGUGAAACAGAGGCCAGCCGAAUCAUGCGCAGACUGGUGUCUGCUGUCAGUCACAUGCAUGACGUAGGAGUGGUGCACAGGGACCUUAAACCGGAGAACUUGCUCUUCACAGACGAGAGUGAGAACUCCGAGAUAAAAAUCAUAGACUUUGGCUUCGCUCGUCUCAAACCACCAGACAAUCAGCUCCUGAAGACUCCCUGCUUCACGCUGCAGUACGCUGCACCAGAGAUACUCAAAUAUGAUGGCUACGAUGAGUCCUGCGACCUGUGGAGUCUGGGGGUCAUUCUGUACACCAUGCUGUCUGGCCAGGUGCCUUUUCAGUGUCAGGAGAAGAGCCUGACUCACACCAGUGCUGAGGAGAUCAUGAAGAAAAUCAAACAGGGGGACUUUUCUUUUGAAGGAGAAGCCUGGAGAAACGUAUCCCAGCAGGCCAAGGACCUGAUACAAGAGCUGCUGACCGUGGACCCAAACAAGAGGAUUAAGAUGUGCGGCCUCCGUUACAAUGCCUGGCUGCAGGACGACAGCCAACUGUCCUCCAACCCGCUGAUGACCCCGGACAUCCUGGGCUCCUCCACUGCCUCCGUCCACACUUACGUCAAAGCUACCUUUAAAGCAUUUAACAAAUGUAAGCGGGAAGGUUUCCGCCUGCAAACGGUGGACAAAGCACCACUGGCCAAGAGGAGGAAGAUGAAAAAGACGAGUACCAGCACAGAGACCCGCAGCAGUUCCAGUGAGAGCACCCAUUCCUCGUCCUCCUCCUCCCAGUCCCAGGAGAAGACUUUUCCGGAGGGCGACGCCAACCCUCAGCCCUCCAACAGCACUCCUCUCACCACCCCCGUCAACACACCAGUGGCCCUGGGAACAGACUCUGGGCACCAACCAGCACCUCCAGCCUUUCACUUCUCAGAAGGACAGUGAGACAGCGAGAGGGGAAAACAACCCAGAUUCAGAUAGUUUCACGAACCGAAGAACGGCUCGGACUAGCGUAGAGACAGCUAUCUUCUUUCUCUGUGUCCCUGGCAGCUCUCUGCCUCUGGCUCAAUUUGCAUGGACGUCCGCACGUCUCCAAAAAUCAAGCAUGCAGCAGGAGCAGCAACCGUCACCUCAAUAUCUAUCAAUCAGUCAUCACUAGCAAUAGCCUACCCGUUCUUUUCUCUCUGACUUUCACAGACAGACUGUGUCAAUCAGGGACUGGACCAGGAAGAAGUUGUCCCCGGUGUCCUAAAUGAAAAGGGCUGCCCUACUGCCCCAGGUCCAGACAGACAAUGGAGAGACGUGUUCAGUCUCGUCAUCAGAUCACAGCCUAUGUCCUCCAUUCACCUGUCUUCGUCCGUGUCUCCAGAGGUUUUAAAGGGAAAGUUGUCAUGUUUACACCACGGAUGCUUCGUAUUUUUCAUCGAAGAAGAAGAAGAAAAAAUGCAAACGGACUGCAGUAACGUGGGUCCACUUCUCUUUUUUGGGAAGUCCCUGCAAGAUGGAGCAGGUUAUUUAUAUGUGAAUUUUACAGACUGAAAUUUAUUUAUGAUAAGCUAUAUUGUUAACUUAUUUAUGGUUCAGAAUGAUCUGAAAAGAAAUAAUAGAUACAGCGAGUCUUUAAAAAAAAAAAAGCAAAAGAUAUUUUGUGUAUGUGUAUAUGUUUCCCUAUCAACUCAAAAGGCUGUUUCUGUAGUCAGAUGGUCAUUCUUAACUCUAUGUAGUUCUAUUACAUGUCAGUGCCUCUUUAUUGAGACACAGUUACGUAGACACUGCAACUUAUUAUAAGCAGGAAGAGAUUAAAACCAUCAGCCACUGGUUGAUGGUUUGUCAAAUAUCAUGAAACUAGAAAUCCUUUGUUGGAUUUUAAAAAUAUUUAUAGAUGCCAGUGAAUUUUGGGGUUGAACCGCAGUUGUGUUCAGUGUUAAAAAUUCUUUUUCCUCGUUCACAUGGAUUAAAGAAGCAAAAGUGUAAACAUCAUUUUGUAGGAACAGCCAAAUGUGGAUGUCGUAUGUUCAGCCAAAUCUGUGGUUUUAUUGUUGUAUGGGGAAUUCUGCUGCCUGAAGGGAUGCGACCUUACAAGAAGAGCUAUUUUUAGACUUCUUUUUGCCUCUCAUAGUGGGAGUAUGACGGCUUCAAAACUCAGCACUGCUGCUUUUCCACAUGGUCUGAUCCUCGAAUCGGUCUUUAGCCCGGCAGUGGAUUUGCCUUGUGCGGUUUAAGACUUAAUUGCCUCAUCGCUACGACCAAUUGGAUUGAGCAGAAUGUCGCAAAUGGAAAAUUCAGAUCAGCUUAGCACGCAGUGUAAGUAGUUUAGAGGGUGACUUUUCUCCUGUUCAAGAUGCCAAAAGGCAGUUUCAGGUGACCUUCUUUUAUGUAAAACAAAAUAUGUUUUUUAAAAAAAGGAAUGUUUAUGUGCCAAAAAUGCUAUUGAAUCAGGCAGUGGUAGUUUAGGCAGUGAUGCAAUAGGACAUUUUAAGGCAAUAUCAUGCAAAAAGUUGCCUCUUGUGUCACUUUCCCGAGUCUUAAAACAACUGCAGAACAACCACCCUCAAUGAAAACAACCAAUUCUUGAGGAUAGGCCCCCCCCCCCAACAAACUUCCUUUUUACUUUUCACGCUGUCCUUGCUCUAUUUCCCACAUCAUCCUGCAUGACUGAAACAGUGAUAUUUACACUGUGAGACACUUUGAGGCAGAUAUCUGGUUAGUAUUAAGUCCACCACUGAUUUCUUUGUCUUUAUGGGAUUUUUUUGUUUUCCAGCAGACUCUUACUUGAUUUAACAUGAGUUUGUUACUUGCACAUUUUAAAUUUUCUGAUUUUAAGUUCAGGACUUUGAAGUUCUACUGUUUAAAAUUGUUGAUGGAUGUACCCCCCCCCCCCCCCUUUUUUUUUUUUUUUUUUUUUUUUUUUAAAUUUUAAUUAUUUUUUUUAUACAACAGCCUAAAUAUUUUAAUAUCCCAGUGUUAAAAUGCCGGUGUUAGUUAGGCAAGUGAAACGCCAUGCUCUGUUAGUAGUAUGUCUUAGUCUGUUUCCAUGGUAAUAAUUGAAUUACUGUAUUUUGUUGAUGUGUACAGGGGUAACUUGUGAUCAGUGUGUGAAGCUGCCUAGAAAAAGUUUCAAAUUCUUAGUCGGACUGCUGUGUGCAUUUAAACACACUCCCUCAUCUUCUUCCAUUUUAAUGCACUCUGAAUCAGAACCAAAGCAUUAACUUCAAGGUAGCUGCUUUAAGCUGCAUGAGAUAUUUCCUUUCAUGCAAAUAUGCAAAGAAAUGCUUCAUAUAUCACAGUUUCUAUUUGUUGAAAUACGAUUCGUUAACAACGUUCUUCAUAGGGUCACGCGUAUCCAUAUCCUGCACAUUAUCAUGCUUUAAACUACGCAUCUGUUUUUUUUCGCUAUUGUGUCGCUUUUGCCGUUUCAAAAAGACCCCCAUCAAACGGGCUUAAAAGGGCGUAACACAAUGUACAUACGCUGUACUUCCCAUAGCAUCAGCUGCAAUAGAAACAGCAAAGUAGGAUCCAUUGCCCUCAUGAAAAAGCUGGAAUCCUUGGAGCUAAACAUUACAAAGCUCUUGUCUAACUUAGUUCACAUGAGUUCCCCGUUGCUGCCUCAUUAAGCCUCUUUUCUUUUGUUUGGGUGUAUUAAUAGCUCAAGUGGAGGAAGAGGAAGAGUGUCCUAUAUCGAGCUCCCCUCUGGGAGCCAGGCUCUAUUAGCUGAUGUGCUGCAGUGCUGUUUGUUCCAAAGAAAACACCGUGCUCCACUCACUGCCUCUGUGGGACCAAGCUCACUUUCUUUGUAGGGAAAAUAACAGAGCAUCACAGGAAAGGGUUGGUUUAGUACCGACGUCUCUCGGGGCUGAUCUUCAAACUAGGUCUCCCCCCCUUUGAUGAACAGCUUGUGCCACUACGAGGAAGAGAGAAGGAGGGAGGGAGGCUGGUUUUGAUUUGAGGUCCUGUCGUCUUUGAUACUUUUUUAUGUUGUUGGUUUGCUGGAAUUUUAAUGAAUUUUCUGCCUACAGUGCUUCCUCUUUUCAAAACGCCACACGUAAUGAGCUGAGCCCAUCUUUAAAACAUUAAUUAGAGGGCAGGCAGUUUGAAUUGUUUUGUGUAAAGCUGCUUUUGUAUGUUUUAGCAUCAAAGAAAUCUGCUAAGACGUUCCUCUGUGCUUCUGUGCUCCAAUCAGUGGCAUCUUUUACAGGAUUAAGAGACAGAACGUUGAGUGACAUGAUGCACGGCUUCUCCGUUUGGUCGUUUUGUGCAUGUGUCGUCUGUAAAAGUCCUGUUUUCUGAGUAGAUGUUGCAGCUAACAUGGCUCUUCUGGUAUUCUUUUGUCAGUAUUGAGGAUGAGUAUGGAGCUGUCCACGGUGCUGAAGUGGCCAAACUACUGGUGUUAAUGUAAAAACAAGUUCUUUUGUCACAAUGAGCUGUAAUAAUGUGGCCCUUUAAAGACGCGAUUCCCCAGACGGGAGUACUUGUACCCCAGCGGCACCUCGAAAGACUGAAGUAGCUCAGCUUAUUUGAAAUAAAUAGAAUUUGUGCUCCAGGAAAAAAGACACUUCCACAAACAGGAUUGUGAUUUUUUUUUAUUUUUAUUUUUUUUUAUGAGGCUGAGGAUGAUAUGUGUAUGUUUAGUGUCACAGUUUUACACAAAUGUGGCGACUACUUAGAACGCAGAUUGAGUGAAUAAGUGGUUGAAAUGUCCAGCUUUUGCUGCUCCAAAUGGUGCUAACAUAGAUGUAAAUUGGACCAAACUUACUGGAAAAAAACAGCAAAUCUAGGAUAAAUAAGUGUGUGAAUAUAUAGAGAUUUGUGUAAUCAACAGAGUUAAAAAACAUUUGGAUUAUUCCAAAUUUAUAGGCUGCAGGUCAACUUUAGUCAAAAAAAGGGUGGAUAAACGCUUCUUUAAAGGAUCGCUUCACUCAAAUUAUCCAUAUAAACAACCAACAAAAGCAUGUAAUUCCCAGCUUUUCACAAUAAAAGCCCAAAAAUCUUUCCCAGCGAGGUUUAAGCCUGGUCAGCUCCAGAAUUAUGGACCUUCAGUAGGUCAGAUACCUGCCAGUUUAUUGGUUUGGUUCAGCUCAGUGUUGUUUUAUGUAAAAUUGGCGACGUAUAAUGUUAAUUCCAUGUGAAAAAAUGUCGGAUUUGUGGAGGCAGACUGUGUUUUCGUGGAUGUACGGCAUCAUCAUCGCCACUGCUGUCCUCAUGCACGUGCUACUGCUUGGUUCCUGUCGAUACUUUCAUGUUACUACAAAAAGUACUGUAGCAGCAAAUCCCUUUCAGAUUGGUCGAUGCUGAACUGUUUCACGCAAUCAAGCUUUAAGGGCAAAACUUAGCACUUUGAAACAUGCAGUUGAUUUUUUUUAAAAUUGUUGUAGAAGAAAAUAAUGACUCUUUCUGUCUGUUUUUGUUCGUGGCUGUCGUCCAACAUUUCAACUCUUAUAUAAAAAAUAAUAUUGACCUCAACACCAGAUUGGACUGACUGCAAAGGAUGUGCGUACCUGCUUCUUAGGGCACUGUGAAAACCAUCAUUCAGGUCUGUAGGCACACCAUCAGUAGUAUGAGGAAUAAAAAAAUAACUUUGUUUGCUUCAAUAAAUGCUUUACUUGCUGACUGAAAACAUCUGUACAUUUAAUAACCUGAUCCCAGUCAUGGUGAGUCUUUUAAUAGGUCCUUGGCUCCGUCGUAUUUUCAAGUGUAAUUCCAUCAUUACCGAAGAUAUUUUUGUGAUACCAGGAUUUGUGUGUACGAGUUGUUAGAAAGGACAAUAAAUGUACGAUUUCCUGUUCAUUUGUUGAUUUUUGACUAAUAAAUUAAGUGCAAACCUU